AACAGAGCCAUCGAACGGUGAAGGUGCGCGCAUUCAGACUCUCCCCCGCAAACCGCAGACCAAGCAACCACAAAAAAACACCAGUGAAGAACGGAACAACAACAGAAGAGGAAAAUAAGAAAAUCAAAACAAAACGAGAACAACCGUUUAUUUCUUUUUGUUUUGUGUGCUUCUCUCGCCAGAGAGGUUCGAGAUCGAAAGAGAGAGCAGAGAAGUGAUCAAGAUGGCGUUCAUGAUGCCCGUGAUGAAGAACAAUUACGAUAUCUACAAGGACACGCGCUCCCGCAAAACGUCGGAAUGUUCGAAUGCGAGUAGUAACGGUACCACGGCUCUGGCCACCGCUCUUGGAACGCCGGCGCAGGAGCAGAGGCAGCAGCGACGCCGCAAGGUGUCCGAGUGCAAGUCGGAGAGCUUCGCCACGUCGCCCUCGCACGGCCAGCUGGGCGCCAGCUCCUCCGCCCACCAGAGGAUGCAGAUGCAGCGGUGCCACAGCUCGCGCGCCUUCCCGCGCAACGCCUCGCGCAGCUCGCACGGUUCGAUGCAGCAGAUUGUGUCGCCCACGCGCAGUAGUCCGCCCAGCCGCUCGCACACCGCCUCCGCGCUGGAAAGGCAGGCGGCCGCCCAGGCAGCGGCCAUCAAUCAGAAGCAGCAACAGCAGCCGGCCGGGCCAGUGGAAACUUCCAACGACUACACGAAGUUCCAUUUGCGCCUGGUCGACAAGCUGCGCAAAUCCUUUCGCAAGGACAGCGGUAAACGGUCAUGAGAUCACCUUCACAAACACAAUCACAACCGCAGCAACAGCAACAACCACAACUACGACAACAACAAUGCCAGCAGCAGCAGCGCGGCGCUCCUUUCCAUUAGCAAACACAACAACAACAAUAGCGAGAGAGCUGACCCCACUUCCAGUGGAAGAUCACCCGGCCGCGAUUUGGGAGAGAGCAGAGCAGCCAAGGUGGCCACGGACGAGGGAGAGAUGAGUGCGGCAGAGAGCGGGGGCGAGGCUACUACCUGGCCACGAGCACCGACCUCCUUGAGAGAGGGCAAGGAAGAGAGAGGGAGAAGGGCGGCUCCAACUUCCGGGGAGAGGGGCAUGGUCAAUCGGUUGGGGCGCCGCUUCAGGCGCUACUGCAAAUUCCUGGCGGCCUCCCACGGGCCACAGGCGUCGGCGGAGGACGAGGCAGAGGCCGAAGCAGAGGCCAGCUCCUUGGAGCAGCUAACCGGCAGCAGGAGCAGCAGUCGCAGUCGGCGGCGGCGCAGCAGCAGCAUUGGAAGUGCCAGCAGCCGGCUAAAGAUGCGACUGCGGCGCUGCACUUCGUCGCCAGGAUAGGAGCGAGGUGGCCCAUCGCCCACUGGGUCGGAGCGAGAGAGAUAGGAGAGACUGGAAGCGAGGAGCAGGGAGAGAGCCGGUGCAGCGGCGUAGCCGAAGGGGUUACCAAAGUCACUUAACCUAGUUAUCGGCGGGAAGCAGAAAAGUGAGUUGGCGUACAGAGUGGUUGCUGCAAAUUUGUUUGAGCAUAGUCCACACACAUAUAUAUUUCGGUGUACAUAUGCGAACUACUUAAACCUACAUAUGUGUACUAAGACCCAAGCUACCACCUAAAGUCCCAAAUGUAUAAUUACAUUAAUUAUAUGCAUUAUGUAUGCCAGGCUUCCAAAUAUAGAACAUAGCACCCAUCCCAAACCAAACCCAAACUAAACUAAAAACUAAAAACACCUAUUUUUUGUAACUGCGGUUUCGCGACAAGGGGAAACGGAAAAUUGCAACUGCCAAUUGCAUUGUAUAACGAAGACCACAUCAGCAUCAGCCCAAAACAAGACACAACACUUGGGAAAACCACAACCAAUAGCUAGAAGAACCACGGAUUCACCCCUUCCUUUUGAAAUUGCAUAACUACGAGGCGCAAUUGACAAUAUACUUUUGAACGCCUUGCGAACCAAACAAGGGGGAGUGAAAAGUAGUAGGGCGAGAACGCAGCAGCUGAAAACAGACUUAAUAUUAUGUGCAUAACAUAUACACCCACGUACUUGUACUAAGCUAUACAUGUGUACAACAAUGUACCUAGACGCAGCUAAUUUUAAGCAACAAUUAAUGUUAUUCGUUUUUUCCUAGCUAGUAAUUUUGUAAUUACACAAGCAUACACGGCGAGCGAAGCGAACACAAAACUCGUACAAAACCGAAUAAAUAAAAGGUACCGAAGAGUAUAUGGAAAGUAAA